ACGCCGCCCCUGACUGGUUAGGAACAUCUGUUACCAUCGGCCUGCAUCAAUUAUAGAUUGCUCUGUAAUUUGAUAAGAGUCUUUUGUAUGACCAUAGUUCAAAAUGUAAAAACCAUAUCUGGGACACAGCUGCAUAUUUUGCUCUCUGGAGGACAGCGGGUAUCUUAUUUUGCACUUCAAGGUUUCAUAAGGUCACACGAGGACACAGAGCUGGUAUUGUGUUGCGGAGCGUCGUCGUCAGACUGUGCGUUGCUACAGUUACGGGUGAAAAAAGCCUUCAAAGCCCCUGCGCGCGGUCGAAACCCCCCCGUUUUGUGUUUGUGCGCCCAUUUAAAGAGCCGAGCUGCGGUCAAGUGCGCACUACAGUACUGAACGCUGUGUAGAUUAUUCCCUUCGUCGAAUUGAGCCGAAUCUGCGUUGGUAAAGACAUGUACGUAAAACUGUGCAAUUUCGGCAAGUACGCAGACGGCAAGUCUGAACCGAAAAAGCUGCAGCCGGAUUCAGAUGCAUCACCAGAUGUUCACCGGAAAGUUCGUGUUUAUCGCAUCAUUUCACUGGUUCUUUUUGUCAUCUGCGUCCUGUUGAUGAUUGUGGUCCUUGUUCUGUUCAUGAAGUUGACUGGGACGCAGCCAUGUCAUGUGGUAGAGGAGAUCGACAGAUCUCCACCGGAACAGCUGGAAUGCAGCCUGAAGAAAUGCCAAGAGGUUUACCAACAGCCUAUUGAAGGAGCUCAACAUUUGUGCAGAGAGUGUGGCAAGGGUUGGUUGAGAUUCGAGAAUACUUGUUACUUCCUGUCUCAAAACCGCCUGCCCUGGCAGCAGAGCAGGGAGGAAUGCAAGAGGAAGGGAGGAGAUCUUGCCGUCAUAACUAACGAACGUGUGCAGAUGUAUCUGAGCAAGAAGGGGAAUUUGCACUACUGGAUUGGGCUAAGUCAUGUGGGGACAAAUGAAUGGAUAUGGAUUAACAACACUGUAUUGACAGUGAGAUAUUGGGGAGAUGAUUCCUCUACUGGAGAUUGUGCCAUCCUGGCUGCAAAUGAACCACCUGAACGGAGCUGGCGCCCAUCUCACUGCAAAUUAUAUUUACAGUACAUCUGUCAGAAGAUGUAGAUGUCAGAAGAUCAACUACACCAAUCAAAACCAACUAUAUAUCUGGAUAUCAUUACUCAACACAUAAUCAAGACAAUCAUAAUUUCUCUAAAGAUCAGAAAUAGGGACAUUUGGGCCUUUUUUGUACAGCAUGCAUUACGAAGCAUUAUAGAUGCAAAAUGUUUUUAGAAACUGUCCCUUUUAUUUGUAUUACAACUGCACUCAUGUCUAACUCUACUGAUUAUUUGCACAAAGCUUGUUAAUUUGCACUAAUAAUGCCUAGUGUUCACAUGAUAAUGUACUGAAUUGCACAUACAUUCUCUUUGAAAUGUCUCUUUUUGUAUUUCAUAAUUAAACUUCCACCUUUAUAUGUAA